UCAUUUCCUCAGCUCGGCCUCCUCUGCACACCCUGCUCCUGCCUUCAACACGCAGGGCAGGAGGGCCCACUCAAGGAGAGCCGGGGACUGCGAACCCAGCCCCAAGAAAUGUGGCUCCUUUGUGUCUUGCUGUUAGCCUUGUUCUGCGGGGCGGGAGGCUCCAUCAACAUCCCCCAGAAGCUCUUUGGGGAGGUGACCUCACCCCUGUACCCCAAGCCGUACCCAAACAACUUUGAGGCAACCACGGUGAUCUCGGUGCCCGUGGGCCACCGGGUGAAGCUGGUCUUCUGGCAUUUUGACGUGGAGCCCUCCGAAGGCUGUUUCUAUGACUACGUCAAGAUCGCUGCUGACAAGAAGAGCCUGGGAAGGUUCUGCGGGCAGCAGGACUCCCCAUUGGGCAAUCCCCCGGGAAGGCGGGAGUUCGUGUCUCAAGGCAACAAGAUGCUGCUGACAUUCCAGACCGACUUCUCUAAUGAGGAGAAUGGCACCGUCAUGUUCUACAAGGGCUUCCUGGCCUACUACCACGCUGUGGACCUCGACGAAUGCGCUCCUCAGCCGGCCAACUCUGUGGACGAUGCUCCCCAACCCCGCUGCCAGCACCUGUGCCACAACUACAUUGGCGGCUACUUCUGCUCCUGCCACCCAGGCUACGCACUCCAGAAAGACAAGCAUUCCUGCCAGGCUGAGUGCAGCAGCAGGUUGUACACUGAGCCUUCAGGCUACAUCUCCAGUCUGGAGUAUCCCCAGCCCUACCCGCCAAACCUGCAAUGCAACUACAGCAUCCGGGUGGAACGCGGUCUCACCCUCCACCUCAAGUUCCUGGAGCCCUUCGAGAUUGACGACCACCAGCAAGUGCGCUGUCCCUAUGACCAGCUCCAGAUCUAUGCCAAUGGCAAGAUGCUGGGUGAGUUCUGCGGGACACAAAAGCCCCCCGACCUAGACACCAGCAGCAACGCUGCGGAUCUGCUAUUCUUCACGGACGAGUCGGGGGACAGCCGAGGCUGGAAGCUGCGCUACACCACCGAGAUCAUCAAGUGCCCCCAGCCCAAGGCGCUGGAUGAGUUCACCAUCAUCCAAGACCUGCAGUCUCAGUACCAGUUCCGUGACUACUUCAUUGUCAGCUGCAAGCAAGGCUACCAGCUGGUGGAGGGCACCAAAGCGCUGCUCUCCUUCACGGCUGUCUGUCAGGAUGACGGCACAUGGCAUCGCGCCAUGCCCAGGUGCAAGAUCAAAGACUGCGGGCAGCCCAAAGACCUGCCCAACGGGGACUUCCACUACACGACCGCCACGGGCGUCAACACCUACCAGGCCCAAAUCCAGUACCAGUGCCGGGAGCCAUAUUACAAGAUGUACACCAGGGCUGGCAUCAGUGAAGCCACACGAGGAACCUUCACGUGCACAGCCCAGGGCAUUUGGAAGAACGAACAGGAGGGAGAAAAAAUCCCACGGUGUUUGCCUGUUUGCGGGAAGCCGGUCCACCCCGUGCAACAGCAGCAACGCAUUGUUGGGGGCCAGAAGGCCAAACCGGGCAACUUCCCCUGGCAGGCGCUCACCUCCAUCCACGGACGGGGCGGCGGUGCCCUGCUGGGCGACCGCUGGAUCCUCACAGCCGCCCACACCCUAUUCCCCAAGGACCACAACUCGCAGCUCAAUACAUCUGUGGACGUGUUCCUGGGCCACACGAACGUGGAGGAGAUCAGGAAGAUGUCCAAUCACCCCAUCCGCAGGGUCAGCAUCCACCCAGAUUACCGUCAACACGAGUCCCACAAUUUCGAUGGGGACAUCGCCCUUCUAGAGUUGGAAAACAGUGUCACCCUGGGCCCCAACCUCCUGCCCAUCUGCCUCCCCGACAACGAGACCUUCUACGACAAGGGCCUCAUGGGCUAUGUCAGUGGCUUUGGGAUCAUGGAGGAAAGGAUUGCCUAUGACCUCAGGUUUGUCCGUCUGCCUGUGGCUAGGCGAGAGGCUUGUGAGCGUUGGCUCCGGGAGAAAAACAGGAACGAUGUGUUUUCUGAAAACAUGUUCUGUGCUGGGGACCCAACUCUCAAGCAGGAUGCCUGCCAGGGAGACAGCGGCGGGGUCUUUGCGGUGAGGGACCCGCACAGCGAUCGCUGGGUGGCCACGGGCAUCGUGUCCUGGGGCAUUGGGUGUAGCAGGGGGUAUGGCUUCUACACCAAGUUACUCAACUACGUGGACUGGAUCAAGAAGGAGAUGGGAGAGGAGGAGGAGGACUGAGCCCAGGAUGCCCCGGGGUCAGAAGCCAGAGUGAAGGGUGAAAAAAGCCACCUGAGCAGGUGUUGAUAACCACUAAGACAAUUAAAGCCAUGGAUGCAGA